GAAACAGUUUCAAGAAAGUGCCAAGCUUCGCAAUCUGUCACUGACAGUUUUGUUUUGAACAGGAGGAGUUUGUCUUGCCACUGCGGAACAGUCGCCAUGAUUAGAAGAGGGCCUUGUUAAAAAGCGAAGUGCUCAGCUGAAAGCGUUCCCUGCAAGGCUGGGCUGAACUUCUAGCAAUUCUGGCCGCAAUGGCGCUCUCUGCAAGGGCUGGGGUUGGUGUGCCCAUUUGCGCUUUUGAGAAAGCGAGCAGCCAGCUCGCUUCAUCACGCCACACCACCCGCUCUAUCAAGAGGGCAGCAUUGUGUUUUGAGAGUUCGUCACUUUCUCAUCAGAUUCGCCCCCGGCAAAAUCUUAGUUGUCUGGGACCUUUGGUCAAUGUGCAACCACGACAUUGCACAACAUCCCCUGCUAGUGUUCCCACUUCGGGCUUGAGUUCAAUUCUCAGGCUGUCGCCUCCCCAAUCCAAAUUGCCUAGCGGAAGGCGCGUCGUUAGAAUUGGUGGUCCUCCGGGGCGAAGAACCCCAAGCUCAGUUGUAGCUCAGGCAGGCGCGGUUCCAGAUGGCCAAGCGCACGGCAUUGCAAAUGCUGAUGUCAACGGGUCCUUUCCGGAGGCUGCUUCCCAGGUUUCUGGUGCGAACUUCCAGAGCCGUUUCACUGAAGAAGAAUCUUCGCACGUCUCUGGUAAUGGUUUUUUCAACGAGUCGCCUGGUUUCUCCGAGGUAGAAUCUCCGCACUUCAUCGAUGGUGAAAGCCAAGCUGCCGGGGUUUCAGAAAAUGGAGAUGGGAUGGGAGUGCCGGGAAGAGCGCGCUUCUCCAAUGAGGUGGUCGAGGUGUCCGUUCUCGACGACUCCCCCGGCGGCCGGUCGCGCGAAGAGAUGGCACGCGAGCUGGCGUCGGUGGGCAUCGAGCUCCCCAGCUACUCUUCGGACGGUCCGAAGCGGGCGCCGGACGCUUCUCGGGCGUCCGACAGCAACGCCGAGAAGCUCGCGGCGAUCAUGGCGAAGAACGGGCUCGACCCGUCCGAGUUCGCGGAGCAGUACGAGGAGGCGCUUGCGAAGCAGCGGGACGAGCGGAGCCGGAAGGGGGGCCGGGACCUGUUGGAGCAGUAUGGGGCAAUUGCUGCGAGGGGGGGAGAUUGGCAAGAAGAGGGCGGUGUUAGAAACAGGGCCUCGGUAGCGUGGGACGGUGCAAUGGAGAGGGGCUCACGGUUCACGGCCGAGCACGGCUUGUCCUGGCCCAUCGUCGUCUUCUGGAGUACCGUCCUCUGCGCGGCCGUGGCUGCCGCCGUUUGGUUCCGCUCGUUCGUCUGGCAAAAGUGGGAGAAGCAGAAACUAGAGCGGGAGCGCGAAGGACGCAUCAUGCGCCUCAACAAGCUGAAGCACAUGGGGCGCUUGGAGGAGGUCACGCAGGCCAGUAAGACGUCGCCAGCUGUCGUGAGCUUGACCGAGGUUCGCGAGCAGAUCUUGGCGUCGCAGGAGGUGCCAGUGCGAGGUCAAAACUGGGGCACGGAGGAUGAGAGGGAGAUGCGGGUGUUUGGAGACGAGGAUGAUGUGGCGCUUUUGGCGGGGGAGGAAAAGGAGGAGGUGGGGUGGGUGGGAGGGCUGAUGAGGAAACUGGGGCUCAAGAAGGAGAAGCUUGCUGUCCCAGCAAUUUCCGCCGCUGCGGCGGCAACGCCCGUCUUGGACUCAAAGGCGCAGGAAGACCUGCGGCGGGAGUGGGAGCGCGUCCUAGAGGCCGAGAAGCGGCGAGAGGCGGGCAGGUUUUAUGAGGUCACGAAACCGAUUGAGGACGAGGACGAAGCGGAAAAUAUUGCUUCGCGGGCGGCGGAAGGAUUCAGUUCGAUCGGAAGUGCGAAGGCGGGGUUGCCAAGAGCGGAGGAAAGUGCUGAGAGCCACGAGAGCGUUUCCUUUGUAAACGGGGAUGCGUCAAACGGAAGAACGAAGAGCUUUUCGACUUUACCGGGACUGCAGGAUUCGCAGCGGAGCAUCGAGGCACGGGUCGCGGAAAUGACGUCACCAAAAGAGAAGGCGGAAAUUUUGGCCGCACUUCGGGGGUUUUCCGCUGAGGUGGCGCGAUCACCCCCCGGAACGGUCGACGAAGGGGCGUUCCGGGCUUGGUGGGACGCUAUGGCAAGCGAAAUUGCGAACCGGUCAGUCGUUAAAGAAAAUGUAGAGUCAGUGAGUGGGUCUACAACCCCCCAGGAAAGAGAGGAAGUGUCUGCCGCUGCUGAGAACGGAAGGUUGAGAGAGGGACUAGACGAGCGGGGAACGGCUUCUGGGGGGGUCAAUAUGCUAGAGGAGCCGUGCGUCUCGGCGGGGGGAUAUCAGGACGCGGAGUGGACGGGAACGUUCCCGAGCACGUCUGGAAGAACCGCCGCCGAGGCGUCAGCCACCGUGCCAGGUGGCAGCCCCUCAUUGGCCGCUCAAGCGCCUACAGAAGAUCCUGUUAGGGACUGGGCCGAGCCGGAAGUAGUUGGCGAAAAUGGUCGCAACCUCGAAAACGGGGCCCAAAACGAGGACGCCUCCGCCAACGGAAGAGCGGUCACGAGUGGAGCGGCGGGCGCGAAACCCAAGGUUAAGGUGACCCGAAUCGUGCGGAAACGGAAGAAGGUGAAGGCGCCCGAACCGGCGCCGGCGGUCGAAGAUGGGCCGGAUACGAUUACCGGCGAACACCCGAUCUUUGGUGCGCAGUACAAGGACGGGACGACCGAGUUUGCCCGGCGCGUGCAGCGGGACUUUGAGGCGGAGCUGGCGGCGGACCCCGAGCUGCGGCGGAUUCGCGCGGAGGUCGUGCUCAACGGACAGGAGGGGCGCAGCGACUGGGAUGGGUUGGAGUCGUGGGAGAAAAAGCUGUACCACGCCUGCGAGGAGAAGCACUUCAAGCGGCUGCAGGCCAAAGUCCGUUCCUACCUCAAGAAGGAGGCGAAAGCGAGGGGCGUGGAUUACGACAAGCUGGUGGGCGAGGGCGACGACAAGCCGCGCUGGCUGACGGACUCCAUAGAGGACCAGGUGGCCGCGGAGGGGGAUCCCCUCGUUCAGGAGGACAUGAUGCGCGACAUUAUGGACCAGCGGCUCGGGCGCAAGCCCGGGAUGGGCACGCGAUUCGGCCCCAAAGGGAUCCCCCAAGAGGACCUCGAAGCGAUGGCGCAAGAGGAGCGGCGGCGGAGAGAGGAGCGCCAGACUGGCCCCGCCCCCCAGGCCGUGGAAUCUUCCAGUGGGGUCCUUUUCCCCGACGAAAGCAUCCCCCCGGAGCAGUUUUCGAGCACGCUCCAGUGGGCGGAGACGAUCAAGGAGAAGGAGGCCGAGGCGGAGGUGUCCGAACUGAGCAAGGAGGUGUCCGAGCUGUCCGACUUUUCCGAAACGCGAAGGUGGGCCGAGGAGCUGGCAGCGCGUGACGUCAUCACGGAGGAGGAGAUUUUGCAGGCCCACGUGGACGCCCACACGGUGCUCAUUCCGAAGCCACGGUUGCGGCGCAAGCGGCGGGUCGGGGACCCAGUAACGCCGGAAGAAUUCGAGCGGACGAAAGCGAAGGCGCGCGGGAGCGAAAUGAUGCAGGAAUGGGACAUGGAGGACUUUGCCAGAGAGUACGGCGUGGACGCGGACGCCCCCGACGACUUCGACCCCGCAGAGUACGAGGCGGCCGGCGAGCGCGUGCGCGCGCGCGUGCGGCAGAUGCUGCCGAACAUCAAGGAGAUGAAGAAGGCCGCGGACCACAUGGGGCCCAACGAGUUCCUGGCCAAGCACGGGAAGGAACUAGGGCUGGACGUCAGGGUGCCGGAGCCGCGGCCGCGAAUGAGCGACGGCGAUAAGCGGUGGUGGACGCACUUACCGGAGGUGCAGGUCAUCCUGCUGAACAAGUCCGGCAAGUACCAGCUCCUGGCGCUGGACCUCACUGCGGAGGUCACCGGCAACUGUUACGUCAUCGGGUUUCAGGACAAGAAGGAGGCAGCCUGGUUCCAGGAUUGGCUGAGCAAGGUCCCGCAUCAUGCGACGCACCAGCCUGUCGUGCAGCCGAUCGGCCCAACGGAGCUCGAGGAGUACGCGGCGCGCACGUCAUCUCAGAUCCUGGUCGUCAAGCGCGGCUACGCGCGGUUCCGCCCGGGGAUGACCACCGACCAGAUGGAGUUCGAGCUGAUGGGCUUAGCGGAAGACUCCACGGUGACUGAGUUCAUGGAGAAGUUGCUCCCCGAGCUGGAGGAGAUGCAGAAGAAACAGGUCGACAACUUUUUCUCGGGGGAUCCGGAGCUGGUGAAAAUGAUGCAGGAAGCGGUCGGAGCGGGGAAGUAGACGGGUGCAUAAAGUGGUGCGUAUUUGAUCAAUUGAAAUACCGUAUGCGAACAAAGUUAGGGGAUUAGAGCGACACCUCGUUGGACGUUGCGCAAGCGCUGCUCUUUGCAGCGGAAUGUACAUCCUUUCCAGGGGUAGACUGGUUAGUGUAAGAAGAUUUGUAGACACGUACAUAGGUAAAGGGCUGUGGCUCGAUUUCGUCUGGGCCUGUCGGACAGAUUGCAUUCAAAGUACGAUGUUACCUUUCUCUUCUGUAGGACUGAUUGAAUCUCGACGGCGAGUCCUGUGCAUUUGAUCAGGCCAAGUUACCGUUUACAGUCAGUGCAUGAAGCGCAGGGCCAGGUUUGAAAGGAGCAAAUGGUUAAGUUUGAGUAUUCCUUUUCCAUACAGAGGCAUGGGCCAGCGAAGACAUGUUCCGUCAUCCGACUCG